CUGACAAUGACGCACUUCCGAAUACUUUCCCCGCCCCACUUUCCGAACGAUUUCAUAGUGAUCCUGAGAGCCCCAUUGGACCUGAAGAUUGUCUGUGAACAUAUUCGUGCCAUGAAGGGCCAAGCUUCGCAUUGACAUCGGUAUAUACUCGAGCAACCGAUUUGGUCGAUGAACGACCCAUUAAGAUGACGGAGAAAGAAGGCAGGUGAGCUGAUGCGUUGCAGCAAUGAGGUCGGUCCUCGGAUAUUCCCACGACAUGUUUAUGUGAUGACCCCUCCCCAUUGGCCCAAAGAUAUAGUCUACCUGACCUCACCCAAAUACCAUGCUUCGGUAUCGCUGGGUGCAAGGAAAUUCAUGGAGCCUAGCCCAGUAAAAAAGGGAGCAUGGGCCAAGUCGUCGGCUGUGGCUAUUCGUCGCAUUUCUAGGCCCGAGCAUCCGGCUUUCGGACAACUGGGACUGUUUGCUGCAAAGAAGAUAGCUCCAAAGACACAUAUUGUUGACUAUAUUGGAGAAAUACACUGUGAAAAUCGGCUGGACUCGGACUACGACCUGUGUCUGCAUCGAUUUGAAGACGGGAGCUGCAUUGGGGUCGACGCGGGCAAGAUGGGCAACGAGGCGCGAUUUGUUAAUGAUUUUCGGGGAAUAAAGGAUAAACCGAAUGCAGUAUUCGUGGACAGGCGGAGUGAAUUGGGGGACCUGCGGAUGGGAAUUUGGUCUUCGCACGAGGGCAUCAAAAAGGGCGAGGAAAUUGUUGUAUCAUAUGGAAAAGCAUGGUGGCACGCCCGAACAAAAUGACGGCGACUUGGAAA